AUGGAUACCAAAGCAGCAUCAGCGGGUCCGCCCGCCCCGACGCAUUUACCCUCGUCCACAUAUCCAGCGACAUCGCCAUACUCGAAGGGAGCCCGGUCGUCGCAUCAGUAUUUUAGUCUAAGAUGGAACAACUACCAAUCCAACAUGACAUCCGUAUUUCACGAGCUGCUCGAGUCACAGUCCUUCGUCGAUGUUACACUAGCGUGUGAAUAUAAUUCACUCAAGGCGCACAAGGUGGUCCUGUCUGCGUGUUCGGCAUAUUUUCAAAAAAUUCUCCUCGACAAUCCGUGCAAGCAUCCGACCAUUAUACUGCCGGCGGAUAUCUGCUUUUCGGAUCUGCAGUUCAUCAUCGAGUUUGUGUACCGUGGCGAAAUUGAUGUGUCCGAGGCAGAGCUACAGAGUUUAUUACGAACAGCGGAACAGCUUAAAAUUAAAGGCCUGUGUGAGGUUGGCGAACCACAGUACGAGCAGGACUACUCGCCAGCGUUAAAACGCUACAAACCGUAUCGGUCACGAUCGCCACCGGACAACCGCCAUCAGCACCAUCACCACCAACAACCUCCACCGCCACCACCACCACCGUCCGGCUCAUCAGGCACGAGUAGCGGUGGCCGUUCCGGUUCCGCAGGAGGUGGAGGAGGAUCGCACGGGAGUGGUAGCAGUGGCAGCAACAACAACAAUAACAGUUCGUCUUCCUCCCAAUCGACGGGAUACAGUGAGAACGGCAAAGGCUGUAGUACGGGCAAAGGAGGAAGCGGCGGAGGAGGAGGAGGAGGAGGAGGGACAGGAUCUGGGAUAGGGCGCGGUCUUUAUCAUCCUUCUCAGCAUCAUCACCCGCUACACCACCAUCAUCAUCAUCAUCCGCACCUGCAUCAUCUGCAUCAUCAGUUACCGGGUGAUCCACGAACGCCUGGCGGCCAUCUUAUCGACGACGACGAUGAUGGAUCACCGUCAUCGGUGUUAGUGGUGGAAACGCACGAUCUAAGCACAUCUGCUUCGAAGGAUAAGCAUUAUCAGCAGCAGCAACAGCAUCACCAUCCAUCGCAGCAACAGCAUCAUCAUCACCCGCAUCAUCCUCAUCAUCAGCCAUCUCAUCAGCAGCAGCAUCCUCUCGGAAGCAAAAUGGCCAGCCUAGGGAUGGGCGUUGGAAUAAAUGGUGGUUCCGUUAUGGGAGUUCCGAUGGGAUAUUUGGAUUUUGCACCAGAGCCUCCAGCACCGACGGCGACACCAGUGACAGAGCAUGUGGAUAUAAAUUGUGCGCCCAGUAGCCACGAUACACGUGACCUGUCCAGUAAGUAUUCUGUGCCAAACGAUGGUGAUUUACGAGUGAAAUUCGAAACGUUACGUUCGCUAGAUCCUCCCAAUGCGGUACAACUGGACAAUCACGCUGUCAGCCAUCAGCAACAGCAGCAGCAGCUACAUCAGCAUCAACAACAGCAGGCGCAACAGCAACAGCUCCUACAGCAACAGCAUUUACUACAGCAGCAGCAGCAGCAGCAACAGCAGCAGGCUCAGCAACAGCAGCAAAGACAGACACCUCAGCCACCGGGAGCCCCGCAGCAGCAGCAGCAGCAGCAGCAAAACGAUCACCAGCGACACUCGCCACCGCACAUGCAGCAACAACACGUGAUGAUGAUGGAUCAGCAGCAACAGCAGCACCAUCCAACCACACACAGUCCAGCGUCAAGCGUGUCCUCAUCGUCAUCCAGCCAGCAUCCGGAGAAUCUGGUUACUGGUAGCGGUGCGGCAGGCUCUGUAACACCCGGACCGCCCACCAACAGCAGCAAUGGUGCUGGCGGUCCACCGGCGGUCGGCGAGGAGAUGAAGCCCAGACUGAAUCUGAAACAGGAAAACCUUAGCGAUGGUGCGGAUCAGCAACAUCAAACGAUGGAGGUCGAGCAGGAUCAAUCGUCAAUGCACGGCAUGGUGGUAACGCCAGAAAUUUCGGGCAUCAUGAACCAGAGUCAAAUGAGCGAUAUGUAUCAGUCGGAUGCAAGUGAAGACUCGAAAGUUGGCAUUCUGGAUGGGUCCUCGAUGCAGUACACAAAUUUGACUAGCCCGAACGAAGCAAAAACGCCAACUGGGCCGAAAACGUGGACUGCAGAAGAUAUGGAAUCGGCACUAGAAGCGCUACGCUCUCACAAUAUGAGCUUAACGAAGGCAUCUGCUACGUACGGUAUUCCAUCGACGACUCUGUGGCAGCGGGCCCAUCGGCUUGGCAUUGAUACGCCGAAAAAGGAGGGUCCGUCUAAAACGUGGAACGAAGAUUCGCUCAACAGCGCCCUGGAAGCGCUGCGGACGGGUACGAUCUCCGCCAACAAAGCUUCCAAGGCAUUCGGCAUCCCGUCGUCCACGCUGUACAAGAUAGCGCGCCGUGAGGGCAUCCGUCUGGCGGCACCUUUCAAUGCUGCACCAACCACCUGGUCUGCGGAGGAUCUGGACCGUGCCUUGGAAGCGAUCCGUGCGGGACAAACUUCGGUCCAGAAAGCUAGUACAGAGUUUGGCAUACCGACCGGUACGCUGUACGGGCGCUGUAAGCGCGAGGGCAUCGAACUGUCCCGUUCCAAUCCGACGCCCUGGUCUGAAGAUGCAAUGAUGGAGGCCUUGGAAUCUGUAAAACAAGGACACAUGUCGAUCAAUCAAGCCGCCAUCCACUAUAACCUACCGUACAGCUCACUGUACGGUCGGUUCAAACGGGGCAAAUACGAUACGCCCAGCUCGGGAGGCGGCGGCGGCGGUGGCGGUGGCAGUUCGUCCAAUGCUGCUGCUGCUGCUGCUGCUACCGGUGGUGGUGGUGGUGGUGGCGCAGGCAGUGGCGGCACCAACGGUGGCGGCAACAACGCCACAAGUGCCGGUACAGGUGGCAGUAAUGUUGGCGGUAGUCCCCAGAUGGAGUUUAAGAUAGAACCACAGCAUAACGAUCAUAGUCCCGAGAACACGCAACAUUACAAUCCUGCACUAUCGGCCUCCUCGACGCCUACAAGUAACACACCGACGCAGCAGCAGCAGCAGCAGCAGCAGCAACAACAGCAGCAGCAGCAACAACAGCAACAACAACAACAGCAACAGCAGCAACAAAUUACCCACCAUUUAGUUCAACAAUCUCCAUCAGUGCUACCGGUUAGCAUUCACAUCGUCGACGCUGCUGCCCAUCACCAUCUAACGCAUCCGCACCAGCAACUGCACCAUCAGCAGCAGCAACAACUUACGCAGCCGCAGCACGUGGUGGUGGCGCAGCAUCAGCAGCAGCAACAGCACCAUCAUCUGCAUCACCAGCCGCAGCUAAUACAGCAUCACAUCAUUCCGCAGCAGCAUCACAUCAUCUAUCAGCAGCCGUUGCAACCGAUCCAGCAGCAACCACAGUAUCAUCCGAUGUAUCACAUCAUCAAGCAGGAAAAUGAUAGAAGUUGAAAGCAACGGCGCUCUCGCCAGCACCAUCGGUAUGGCGGCACGCAUCAUCCACAACAGCAGCAGGAACAGCAAACGCACGAUGAACACGAUCAUCCGUCGCAUCAUCAUCAUCAGCAUCAUC